AAUUUCCUUUCGUAUAUUUCUAUAUAAAUGUCGUCACAGAUAAAAAUGACGCAAUCGGCACAUUGAUAUUUAUUCGACGUUUGGCAUAGGAAAUAGCUUCAAAAGGGAAUGCAGCGUCAAAUGAAUAUGGACAUUUAUGUUAAUCCCCUGGAUGCGACGAAUCCGAGAAAACCUCCUCUAUCAGCUAAUCCAUACAAAUUUCGUGCAAUAUUUGCCUGUUCUCUCUGCUUUAUGUUUUUUGGAUUCUUCUUAUUAAUUGUAGGAGCCAUACUAACAGCUACCAACAGUUCUUUCACCGACAAAAACUCGACAAACGUAGCGGGCCCAGUCGUCUUAGCAAUAGCAAUUUUAUUUAUAUUUAUAGCAAUAAUAUUGUGCUGUAUGGCAAAACGUGCCUACGUCGUCUAUAAGAGGUAUUACGUUGGUCAAAACAACGUGAAUAUUUUCCCAAAUGUUGGCAAGAAUUUUCGAAAUCGUUUGUCUAGUUCCGAUCGAAAUUCGUCCGAGUGCUCCGACCCUCACUCACCCAAUUCACUUAACAAGUUUGAUGGAAAUUCAUUCGAUUGCGCUAAAGCUCAUCACAUUCUAAAUUCGGUCACUGUCGAUCAGCCAACAUCACAUUUUUGGUCUUCAAACACUACUUCGCAUUGCACGUCCGAUGUUGGAGUAUCUACGACUUGCGUGCAAUCCGACUCAUCCUGUGAUAUGUCUUGUGAUAAUUGAUAUAACAUUGAAAAAUGUAUAUAUUUUUAUUUAUUAUUUAUUUAUUUCGAAACUACUCGAUGUUUUUUUAACUCUUAAACUACGAAAAUUACUUGCGGAACCGAUUGAUUGAUUAGGUGAGAUACCAAUAAAUUGCAACCAGAAUUACGUUCAUUAUACGUAAACCCAUUCCGUAAUGGGAUCGACCAGUAGAAGACAGAGGGGGAAGUGCCCUAACACAUAUUAUACACGAUAAACUGAUCAUUCGGAUAGUUUUUCCUCACGUUAUAUAUCUCGACUUGGUGGAAUACGCUUUUGUGUAUUUGUACUUAGUUGAACAUUUAAAUAAUUUUAUUGAAAUAAAAAUAUAAAUAAUUAUAUUUGU